AUGGAAUCUGUUCGUUUAAGUCAAUUUGAAGAUUUACCUGAUGAAUUAUUACUUUUAAUUUGUUCAUAUUUAAAUCAAAUCGAAGUUUUAAUUUGUUUUUCGUCGUUAAAUAUUCGUUUAACGAAAACAAUUACUGAAUAUACAAAACAAAUUGAUUUUAAUCGAAUUCCAUUGAAGUUAAUUAAUUAUUUUCGAAAUGAAAUCUUUCCGAAGAUUUGUUCAGAUGUUCAAUCGAUUAUUCUUCAUGAUGAUUUGGAAUCUCGAUCAAUUGGUUUAGAAAUCUUUCCCAAUCUUGAAUCAAUUCAUUUUUUGAAUAAAUUCUCUUCGAAAUAUCUUCGUAAUACAAAACAAAUUCAAAUUGAUUUAGUUCCAGCAGAUUUACAAAAUGAAUUAAUGGAAAAAUUAUUUUCAUCUAAUGAAUAUUCGAAUUUACAAAGUUUAUCCUUCAUUUCUUAUCAUGGAUCGACUUUUUCUAAUAUUAAAUUGGCGAAAUUAAAUCAAAUUCAACAAUUAACAAUAACAUUGAAGAAUAAUGUUGAUCUUUUUGAACUUCUUCAUCUUUUCUCAUCAAUUGUACAGAAAUUACAUAUUCAUAUACUUUAUAAUGGACCAUUUAAGUCUUUAACAUCUUCAUUAUUAACAUUAACAAAACUUCGAUAUUUUCAUUUAAAAACAACAUUCGAAGAUGCGAUUAAAUUCAAUCAAUUAGAGAAAUUAAUCAAUGAUUCGAUGAGUUUAUUAGAAUAUUUAUCUAUUGAAACAUUGACACGUGAUGAAAAUUAUAUCAAUGGUUACAAAUGGGAAAAAUGUUUCGAAAAAUUGAAUCAAUUAAAGACAUUUGUUUGUUCUAUUCGAUAUCGUUGUAAAGUUAAUGAAGAGAUUGACGAUCAAGAUUUAAUCGAAGAAAAAUUAUUUAAAUCUUUUUCAACAAAGUUUUGGUUAUAUCAAAGAAAAUGGUUCAUUCAUUUUUAUUCAACAGUUUUACUAAUUACAAAUGACAAUUGUUUUGUAAAUUCUUUUCAAAGAAAUGCUUAUCGAAAAAUAUUUUUAUUCACCAAUCCUUAUCCUUAUAAGAAUAUGGAUAUUACAGUCGAUAUCAAUAAAAUGAAAUCAACAAUAACAAAUUAUAAUGAUAUUUCUAUGAUGUAUGAUCAGAAAAAUAUUUAUUCAAAUGUUCGUCAUUUAUAUUUUGAUGGAGAACAUAUUCCUAUUCAAGUGAAACAUUUCAAUGAAUUACUUCAUCAAUUUCAAUUAUUAACUGAAUUGAAAUUAGAUCGUCUGUUCAUUGAUUCUUCAUUACAAUCGAGUGAUCAAAUCAAACUUCGUUAUUUGAAUAAAUUAAUUAUUUAUCAUAAUUAUGAAAAAUAUCCAUUGGAUAUUAAUUUUCUUGAUUUAACUUCUAUGUACAAUCUUCGAUAUAUUCGUAUUCCACAAGCUUCGCUUCCCCAUCAUCGUCAAAUACCAAAACAGCUUGAAACUUUAAUUUUAACUGAAUGUCGCGAUCAUCUUUUUGUUCAUACAUUGAGAUAUGAAAACUUGCGAAUAUUAAAACUGCAUUUGGAUUAUUUCGAUCGAUUGUUGGAAAAUAUGGGCGAAUCCAUUCUUCACUUAAUUAAAACAAUUUAUAAUGCAAAUCAAACAUUAGAAUCACUUCACUUAAUGUGUCCUGGUGUUAAUCAAAGCAAAGUGAAAAUAUUUGAAAAACGAUUCAAUUCAAAUAACAAUGAAUACUUAACUGCUCAUUUCGAUGGCAAGUCUUUAACAAUUAAGCGAUUAGAAGAGUUUUUUCGUCGAUCUCAAUCAUAG